UAAGAAACAGUCGCCUGACACCUGUCUACGAGCUCGGUUGUAAUUUUAUCUUCCACAUUUGAUAGAGUGUACAUUAAAGUUUAAUGCAUAUUUAGAUUCUUAAUUAACAAUGCAUCGGUCCGUGCUGGUCGCAUUCGACUUCGAUCAUACGAUCAGCAAUGACAAUACCGAUGUCGUCGCUCGAAAGCUGUUACCCCAGGAAAAAUUAACGGACAGUGUGAAAGAAUUAUGUCGUACUAGCGGUUGGAUCCCGUACAUGGCGAAGAUAUUCGAAUUGUUGCACAGCUGUUCCAUCGAUAGUAAACAAAUUGAAAAAGCAAUAAUUAAUAUACCACCGGUACCCGGCGUGGAAAAACUUCUGAGAGAAUUACACGUCCGAGGUUGUGAGAUCAUUAUUAUUAGCGAUUCAAAUACAUUAUUCAUCGGACAGUGGUUAAAAAACAGAAAGCUAGAUCACCUGGUUGCACAGGUGUUCACAAAUCCCGCGAAAUUUGAUGAAAACGGCGUGUUAAGAAUAGAUAUGUACCACGUGCAAGACUCGUGUAAACUGAGCACCGUUAAUUUAUGCAAGGGACAAAUCUUAGAGAGUUAUAUUAAAAAACGAAGAAACGAAGGUGUACAUUUCGAUCGAGUGGUAUAUGUCGGAGACGGGAAAAACGAUUUGUGUCCAAUUUUACGACUUUCUGAACGUGACUUGGCAUUUCCGCGGCAAGAUUAUAUACUUGUCAAAAUAUUGAAUAGUACGGAAAAAAUGGAUAUUCCGAAAGUAAAGUCCCGCGUAUUUCCUUGGAGCGACGGUAUGCAAAUCUUGAAGAAAUUAGAGGAAGAA